GGACGGCGGCACCGGAGAAGCGCCGCUGCCCUUGGAGGACGCCGAGCUAGCGCUGGCGGGAAUCAAUAUGCUGCUCAACAACGGAUUCCGGGAAUCCGACCAGCUCUUCAGGAAAUACAGAAACCAUAGUCCUUUAAUGAGUUUUGGAGCCAGCUUUGUCAGCUUUUUGAAUGCCAUGAUGACAUUUGAAGAAGAGAAAAUGCAGCUGGCAUGUGACGAUUUAAAAGCUACCGAAAAAUUAUGUGAGAGUGAAGAAGCAGGAGUUAUAGAAACAAUAAAAAAUAAAAUUAAGAAGAAUGUUGAUGGCAGGAAGACUGCCCCAUCCAUGAUGGAACGAUUGCAAAGGCAGAUCAUUAUGGCAGACUGUCAAGUUUACCUUGCUGUGCUCUCUUUUGUAAAACAAGAAUUAUCGGCUUAUAUAAAAGGUGGGUGGAUCCUUAGAAAAGCUUGGAAAAUCUACAAUAAGUGCUAUACAGACAUUAACACACUUCAGGAAUUAUAUCAGAAGAAGAUAACUCAGGAAUCUUUGACUUCUGAUGCUACAAAUGAUAAUCAUAUUGCUGCAGAAGGUAUUACAGAGGAUUCACUUAACAGACUGAAAGGUGCUGUUAGCUUUGGAUAUGGACUUUUUCAUCUUUGCAUAUCCAUGGUGCCCCCAAACCUGCUCAAAAUCAUCAAUCUGCUGGGUUUUCCUGGAGACCGCCUGCAGGGGCUUUCUUCAUUGAUGUAUGCAAGUGAAAGUAAGGACAUGAAGGCCCCUUUAGCUACGUUAGCCUUGCUGUGGUACCAUACAGUGGUUCGCCCUUUCUUUGCUUUGGAUGGCAGUGAUACCAAAGCAGGAUUGCAAGAGGCUGAGGAGAUUCUUCAGAAAAAAGAAGCUGCUUAUCCCAACUCAUCUCUCUUUAUGUUUUUCAAAGGCAGAAUACAGCGUUUAGAGUGUCAAAUCAACAGUGCCUUGACCUCCUUCAAUACUGCUUUGGAACUUGCAACGGAUCAGAGAGAGAUUCAGCAUGUCUGCCUCUAUGAAAUUGGCUGGUGUAGCAUGAUAGAAAUGAACUUCAAGGAUGCAUUUGAAUCAUUUGAACGUCUUAAAAAUGAAUCAAGAUGGUCCCAGUGUUAUUAUGCCUACUUAACAGCAGUGUGUCAAGGAGCUACUGGUGAAGUGAAUGGUGCACAGACUGUUUUCAAGGAAGUCCAGAAGCUUUUCAAAAGAAAAAACAACCAAAUUGAACAAUUCUCAGUCAAAAAGGCAGAUAGAUUUAGAAAGCAAAAACCAACCAAACAGCUUUGUGUAUUGGCAUCCAUUGAGGUACUAUACUUGUGGAAAGCCCUUCCAAACUGUUCAUUCACCAAUCUACAGCACAUGAGUCAAGCUUGCCAGGAAAUUGACGAUUCAACAGUUGUUGGUUUGAAGAACUUGCUACUUGGUGCCAUACAUAAAUGCUUAGGAAAUGCUGAAGAUGCUGUUCAGUUCUUUCAAAGAGCCCUUAAAGAUGAAAUCUGCCACCAGAACAACCUGUAUGUUCAACCAUAUGCUUGCUAUGAACUUGGCUGUCUUUUAUUAGAAAACCCUCAGUCUGUCCCAAGAGGUAAAGUGUUACUGCUUCAGGCAAAGGAAGAAUUCACAGGGUAUGAUUUUGAGAACAGGCUGCAUGUCCGCAUCCACGCAGCAUUAGCCUCUCUGAGGGAAGUGGUCCCCCAGUGAUGAACAGAAAUGCUUUCAUCUUUUCUUUUUCGACUUUUGCACUCUGAGGGCAAAGUUGUCAGGAAGAUGAGCUUUCCUCCAGAAAACCUUCCUGUGCAAGAGAUGUUUUCCUAAAGAUGCAAAGAUGGUGAUGGAAAAAUGUUAACAAUCUCAACAAUUAAGGACUCAGCCAAAAAGGUUAAGUGACCUUAGGCUCAAACAAAUGGUGAUUUCUCCCGCAUAAGUCCUUUUUAAAUUAGGAGAAGCUAGACUUUGUGUUCAAGCCCAGCCCCACAGACAGGGGAUGGUGCUCGAGAAUUCCUUUGAAUAUUAAAGUCCUUUAGUUCCAAUGCU